CUCCCACGAAAAGUGCAGCAGUAGUCACCGAUGACAGACAGGAAGCGCCGAGCCAUACAAAUACGAUCAGAGCUGGAGCUCCAGCCGCCCACCUUUCCUUCGGACACAUACUUAUACACCUUGUCGCUCUCCCGAGAGUUGCAAGUGUUUCGAGAUAGUACGUCCCGUAGCUCCGGAUCGAUCUAGCUACUGGUGUCUCCCCGAACUACUUACAGAGUCCCUCGUCUCAGACUCAGACUGAGUGCAGGUCGUCGCUGUGUUGUCUUUUGGGAUCGACGUUAUCCGAAGGCCGAGAAACUAUAGUGAACUGACACGGAGUGUGGAGACUCUGUAUAAUAAGACAUGGCAGAGACAGUUUUGGUGACUGUCACUCACUCCACGGUACUGGACGAGCCACACGACGUCAGUGGUGGUGGGCAGCCGGCCAGGAAGAAGGGCGACACUGGCAGCAAGAGCCCAGGUAAGGGCAGUUGGAGGUGGGGGAAAGGCUCACUGUUCAAGAGAACACUCUCUGAUCAAGAUGUGUCUCAGAGAGCUGAGCGGCCAUCGUCUGGCAAGAGCAAGACCAGGAAGGGGAGCCACGACGGGAUAGGCAACGAAUCUCCAAGUGUUGGUCGAGUAAGCAGUGGAAGUGACAUACUGGGACUAAGGCCACCAGACCCAACAGCAGCUGCAGAAGAAGGAGAAGGAGACAAGGGGAAAUUCGGAGACCCAAAGAAGCUCUACAAGCAGAACAAGGACCUAGCAAAGGCCAACGCUCAACUCACGAAACUGAUAGACACUCUCAAGCACGAGAAGGACUCGCUAGCUUUUGACAGGACCAAGCUCAAAGGUGACCUGAAGUCCACGGAGAAAGAGCUGAAGAAGGCACAGAGCAGUCUCAGUUCUGCCAAGUCAGAGGUGGAGCGCCUGAAGACCAAGAGCCUCAAGCACUCGGGUGCGGGGAGUAACAUGGGGGAAGGGACGGAGGUCCUGCAGGAGAGGGUGAGGCAGCUGGAGGCCGAACUGAGCAGCAGAGACGAAAAGUUGGAAAAGUUUCGCAAGAGGCUUGGCGGGCGACUCAGCCAGCUGGAGAUUUUGGCUGGAAAUGGAAGCAUAGAGCACGAAGCUACCACAGAGAAGCAAGAUACGCUACAAGACCAGGAGCGACAGAAGCUCAUGGAGGAGAACUCUGAGCUAAGAGAGCGAGUGGUAAACCUGGAAAGUGACCUGAAUGUGCUACUGAAGAUGGUGGAUGGCCAGCAAAAGGAAGAGUUUGCUCAGAGCAGCUCUACGGAGAUUUCGUUCUUUAGCACAGAUGCUCUGAGUAGCACGAACUCUGAUUUGAGACGUGGCAGUAGACAGUCAACAUCACCUUUCUCCUCUCCGAGAAAUUCUCCACGCCUACAGCGCAAAAAUCAGACCUCAGAUGAUAUCGCUACCCUGCGUUCAUGCCUACAGCUGGCCUUGGAAGAGAAAAAGGCUGCAGAACAGCAGGCUAAGAGUCUCCAGACUGAACUAGACGACGUCAGAGCCGAGCUAGAAGAGGCAAAAAGAUCAUGGGGACAGGAAAAGGACAGACUCCUACGACAACUGCUGAAGGCACAUGAAGAAAAGCAGAGGGUGCAAAUGCAGGAUCACGAGACCCAACACUCCCUCACAGAAGUCCCCGGCACACCCGAAAUUGAACGAAAUCAACAAUUACACAGUCAACAACAGAGUGAGACUACCUCACCGACAAGGACCAGGGGAAGAACGAGUUCCAGUGGGUCCCUCACCAGCAGUUCAGAGUUAGAGAAGAGCUCUGAGAGUACAAAGUCGGACACGGCCAAGCCAGCUGUGGGGGAGAGGAAAGAGACAGCCAGGGGGAGGAAAGGGGUGUUGAAAAAGCAGCAAUCGAGAGAAAACUUUACUGCGGCUCUGGCAAAGUUUCAGAGCGGGGAAGGAGUCACUUCACCCAAGAAGGAGCGCAGACAGUCGGACACAUCGCCAGGAAGUGCGCGUUCCUCAACGUCUCCUGCACCAACUCCAAGUUCGUCUUCUCCAAAGAAACUCUCAACAGAGAGCAGGCCCCAAUCAGUGAUUAUUGUAGGGAAACCCCCCAUCCCUCCUUCGUCUUCCUCUGGUCACCAUUCACGACAGAGCUCGGUGGAUGAAACUGGACAAAAGUCUCCCACAAAGAUGAGUAUUGGAGCAAAGAGAAGCAGUUGGGCUGUGGCACAGAGGAGAAAGUCGUUUGAAGAGCAAUCGCCCGAGCCAGCCUCGACACCAUGUCACAGUAGAACAGCAUCUUCACCUGUCAUGACCAGGACACUGGGCUCACCAGCGGCAACACCAAAAGCAACUGAGGCAAAGGAUAAGGCAAAGGGAGAGAAGAAGUUCGAUGAAGAGAGGGCAAGGAGAGAUCAGGAAAGACGGAAACAAGAGCUCGAGGCUGAAGAAAAGCGGAAGCGAGAGUUGGAAGCAAAAAGGAGACGCGAGGCUGAAGAGAAAGAAAGACAGAGAAAAGAGAAAGGGGAAAAGGAGAGAAUUAGAAGAGAGAAGGAAGAAAGAGAGAGGCAGCGCAAAAGUGAAUUAGAAGAAAAGAGCAGACGUGAAAGGGAGGAAAGAGAGAAGAAACGACAGGAAGAACUUGAGAAAAAACGGAAGGAAGAAGAGAGGGAGAGAGUGAGGAGGGAGAGGGAAGAAAGGGAGAGAGAACGUAAAAGGGAAUUGGAAGAAAAAACUAGACGUGAAAAAGAGGAGAGGGAAAAGAAAAGACGGGAAGAACUGGAAAGGAAACGGCAGCUUGAGCAGAGGAAGAAGGAGGAGGAGGAAGAGAAGGAGCGACAGAAGAUAGAGGUGGAGAGAAAGCGUAAAGAGGAACAAGAAGCAGCCUUGAAAAAACAGAGAAAAGAGGAGGAACAAAAGCAAAAGCAAACAGAAGAAGCUGCAUUGAAAAAGCAGAGGGAAGAAGAAAUUGAGAAGAAACUACGGUUGGAAGAAGAGAAAAGAAAUGCAGAGAAGGCAGCUCAAGCUGCCAUAGACCCCCUACCCAGCAAAAUGAACCAGCACCAGAGUCCCUUUGGUAGCAUUGCCAUGAGAAGAGCAGCUUUUGAGCAGAACUCCAAUCCCCGCAACAGCCCUCCCGUGGUUCUACGUAGAAACAACUCCCCAGCCCAGCGACCAAAGAGCAUGGACAUCAGUACACUAAUGUCCACUCCCCCUCCAAGUUCACCGGUGGCCAGCCCCACCCCACGCAGCCCUCAGAUCUCCUCCAUCUCCGUCAAGUCCUCCAAGUCUCCCCAGAGCUCUCCAGUCCCCCAGAGAAAGGAAAUGAAGGAAGUGGCAGUUCUGAGAGGAAACAGUAUCCCGAAGCCGAGUCCCCCAGUGACAACAGUUGCACCUCGUACAGCUACAGUCUCUGUUACCACUACCAGUUCGUCGCCUCCCCUGCGCAGAGCACAAACGCUCACUCUCACCCCUGCCUCCCUAACUGUCAGCACUCCAGACCUCACCUCCCUGGGCAGCAGUAAUGGCAGCUCUAGUCCCACCAACUCACCCAGUGCCCAGCACAGGACAACAGUCUCCACUGGCCCCAAGUCCCCGCAGACAGACAGAAGGCUAGCCAAAACAGUCUCUUUCUCUCCUAAUCUGUCCACAGCUGGUAGACCACCCAGUAUUCUCAAACAGAGUGCCCCGUCUCCCAUGAACACCAAUCCUCAUUCACCGUCGUCCUCCGUGAACAAGAUGAGGUUUGGCCCCACCCAGGCUCGACUCGGUGUUCCUGCCGAUGACAUGAAGAAAGCACAGUCUCUGCAGAACAUUCCGGAGCACGCCAUGGCAGAGGGCACCUCACCACAGACAGCGACUCGAUUCACCUCUGCUUCAUCCCAUGUCACCCGCAGACCUCGCUCUGAGCGGGCCAAGACCACGUCUCUCUCAAGUGCCGACGCGACCAAUCUUGUCAACCUUAUCUCCAAACUGCAGGAGAAGGAGAAGGAUCCACCACUGUCAAACGGAGUCAGCAACUCCGCUGCUAACCAGAAGACCCCUGGGUUUAGUUCACCCGGCAGACCUGUCUCCAUGUAUGGAAGUAUCACUCCCUCAAGGACGGACGUCAUUCCUUCUUCACGUAAGCCUAAACCCCACGAGCGCAAAAUGGAACGCAGAGCAACAGUUGGAUUUGGUCUGGACAGGUCGUCCAAGAAAUCACGACUUCUCCGAUGGUGUCAGCUCGUCACUGACGACUAUGACAACAUAUACAUUGGGGACUUUGGCAAGAGUUUCUCCAACGGCCUUGCAUUCUGUGCCAUACUGCACCACUUCAUUCCUCACAAGAUCCCCUACAGCACUCUCAACGAUACUGACAAGGUCUGUUGCUACCGUGCAUAUUUUCCUGCAUGAUCAUGUGGGCAGAUAAAAAUUUAAGACUUACUCGUAAUGUAAAUGUGUAGCCUUAUAAAAGUGCAUGAUGCAACUGGAAAAAAAUGACUAUUGAAUAUACAGGCACGCAACUUCAAGAUAGCUUUCGAGGCUGCAGAGAGUGAAGACAUACCAUCACUAUUGGACAUAGAGGACAUGGUGGCCCUACCAAUUCCUGACUGGAUGUCAGUCAUGACAUAUGUGUCCUUCAUCUACAAACGAUUCGGCUCUAAUGGUGCUACCCAACAGUUCUUACUAUGAUCAACCAACGCAUACUUUUAUGUAUAAGACCAAACGCACAAGUUGAUCGAUGCAUAGUAGAAGUUUGUUGAUGUUUUCUGUUAUUGAGUUUUGAUUGGAUGUCAUCUCUUUGUGUGAAUUUUUUCUCCAACGUGUUUGUUGAAAUUGAUGUACUUCGACGCAAGUAUUGUUUUUUAUCGGUCUAAUUUCUUUUGCCACACCAGGAGCCAUAAUAAUUAUAUAGAGCCUAUCUUGCUUGCAGUUAUACAUUUGAGCCUGAGAGAGGUAACAUAGUGGUCAGAACGGCACGGUUUUGAUGUGGGCGUGCUAAGGCACUUCAUUUGAGCCUGAGAGAGGUAACAUAGU